AUGAAAGUGCAGAAAGAGCAGAGAUUCCCUUCUUUAUGAAAGCAGAUUGGGAAUCUGGCUUUGUGGUUAUUGCAGACGACAACUACCUAGCUUUAAUUUUGCUCAAUUUUCUAGCGUUGGCCGGAGGGCAUAUUCAUUUAGAUGGACUGCCAAAAUUCCAGGCGAAGCCUGGAAGUAGUUAUCUGAAUGGAAAAUCUGGAAAUACAAACACUUUUAUGAGGGAAGGAUUAUCCAACGUGUCCACUCUCCUUGUGAAUGAAGAAACCAAUACCUUAUUUGUUGGAGGCAGAGAUGCAGUAUUUGCUCUUGACUUGAAUAAUAUUUCUAGAGAAAUAGCCAGGGAAUACUGGUUUGCUACACAAGAAAGACAACUGGAAUGUAUUCGUAGAGGAAAGGACAAGAUAAGAUGUCAGAACUACAUCCUCUUACUCCAUAAGAUAAAUGACUCCAACCUAUAUGUUUGUGGAACGAACGCGUAUCACCCAGCUUGUGAUCAUAUGGUUAUCCAUGGAACGAACAUAACCUUCCAAGGAAGAGCUGAAGAGAGCAGAGGGAAGUGUCCGUUUGAACCAACUCUAAAGUAUGCAUCUGUUUUUGUAGAUGGGGAAUUUUAUUCGGCUACUUCAAAUAAUUUCUUGGGAACAGAACCUAUAAUACUUCGCGGUAUGAGAAAUCCUGUAAGAACAGAGUUUAAAACAUCAUGGCUAAAUGAACCAAGCUUUGUCAACAUGGAAAUAGUGCAUGAAAGUGAAUCUAAUCCAAGUGGAGAUGAUGAUAAAAUUUAUGUGUUCUUCACUGAAACAGCUGUUGAAUUUGAAUUCUAUGACAAGCUUCUGGUGUCCAGAAUUGCCCGUAUCUGCAGAGGUGAUCUUGGUGGAAAACGCAUAUUGCAGAGAAGAUGGACAUCAUUUUUAAAAUCCCGCCUUUCCUGUUCCAUUCCAGAAUUAAACUUCCAUUUCGAUAUUGUCCAGGACAUCUUUUUACUUAGGAGAAGAAAGUGGCAGGACAGCAUAUUCUAUGGAAUUUUUUCCCAGCAAUGGGGAAGAUUAGACAUAUCGGCUGUUUGUGCAUACAGUAUGAAAAAUAUUCAGGAAGUCUUCUCCAAAGGAAACUACAAAGGACCUGUAACUGUAGAACAUUCCCCUGUUAAGUGGAUGGUAUAUAGGGGAGAACUGCCAGUUCCACGUCCUGGUGCUUGCAUCGAUAAUUUUGCCCGGAGUAUUGGGUAUAAUACUUCCUCUGACUUGCCUGACAAAGUUUUGCAGUUUGUAAGAGAUCACCCUCUAAUGGAUAAUUCUGUAAAUCCAAUUGGUAAUCAACCGGUGCUACUGAAGAGAGGUUCAAACUACACCAGGAUUGUUGUAGACAGAGUAACUGGCCUAGAUAAACAAACAUAUGAUGUUUUGUUUCUAGGAACAGAUGAUGGAUAUUUGCAUAAAGCUUUCAGUUGUGAUGGGGAAAUGUUCAUUGUGGAAGAGCUACAGCUGUUUCUGUCUCCUGAGCCUGUAAAAUCUCUCCAGCUGUCUUCUGAAAAGGGAAUGCUGUAUGUAGGGUCCCUAUCUCAAGUUGUACAGCUUCCAGUUUCUGAGUGCCACCGAUACAAGUACUGCUGGGAUUGCAUCUUGGCAAGGGAUCCUUACUGCGCGUGGUCUCAGAGCGCUAAUGAGUGUGUUCCACUGGCAAAUCAAACUGGUCAUACGAAGAAUUUAAUUCAAAGUGUGAAAUAUGGGGAUGCUUCCAGCUGCCUUAGUGAAGAAAAUAGUGUGAGAAAAUACCUCUUUACCCUUGGAAACAAUGUUCAUCUUAAAUGUGUUCCUCUGUCAAAUCUGGCAAGCAUAGUGUGGACGUUUAAUGGGAGCAGACUUCAGGCCGAGGACUCUAAAUAUCUCCUCUAUGAUGGAGGAAUAGCAAUAUUUAAUGUGACAGUGGAUGCAGCUGGAUUCUAUGAUUGUCUCUCGGUAGAGAAAUCCAAAGGGAAGGAAUUCCUUGUCACUGUGGCCCGCUAUGCCCUUUAUGCCCAACAGAAGACAGAGGAAGCAAAUGUUGUUGCCACAGCAAAUAAGCAUAAGGAAGCAGGAGCUGAGGGUUUUCAGUCUUCAGUACCACCUUCUUUACUGAACGAGGCAGCAAAACAGAAAUCCAUGGGCAGCCAAAGCGAGAAGCUUGUUUUAAAACUCUUGGGGGCUGGGUUUGCUCUUCUUUUCUUUUUCCUGUUGGUUUGGAACUUCUACAGGGGUCAUUUAUCUCUGCCUUGGAAGAGCAGAGAAACCAGCUCAAAAACCACUGGUACAGCUGGCUUGGGAAGUCCAGCACUGGCUACAGAAGAAUCAGGCAGU